AUGACCCUCCCCUCAUGCUCACACAAGGCCCGAAAAGCAGCUGAGCCACCAUGGUUCUACUCUGCUGGAAGAAAAGAUAUCUUUGUAGGUCGAGAUGUUGACCUUCAAGAUUCAUCCCUAGGGAAAUAUGGGUCUGUAAUGAGAACAGACACAGAGCACAGGUACGGAGAAAGUUUAGGACACAUUCAGAAGGAAAAAUCUUUCAGGAAGACAAAACCAACACCUCUGAGAUCUAUGAGUGAACCUGGGAUUAGAGCUGUGGGUUCAGAGAAGUGGACCCUGGUGACGCCGGUGCCACAUUUGAAGUGCCACUGUUACACCCAUAGGAUAUCCGCUCCAAUUCUGUCUAAGGAAGAGAUACAGGCUGUAGAGAGAGAGAAAAAAGAUCUCCAGUACCAGAUGCUCACUUUGGAUACACGAGUAAUGUGGAAUCUGAAGUGGAAGAUGGAUGUUUACCUGCCCGGUUACAAGAAGCGAGUGGCCGCUGUAUCCACAUCAGCCGCCCCAACGCCUGUGCAGAUGACAGCCCCAAGAACAGCCUCCCGCAUCAAUGUGUUUGAAAGGCUAUCAACACCCGGAAGAAGGUCACCUUCCCCUUGUCAUGCUGCAGUGUGCAAUGCUUUCAAACGGGGGUAGCUACAAGGGAAGGAUGGGGGAGCUCCAGUGUUCCAAACUCCAGCCAGGCCAGGAAGAUGAAGGAAAGCAAAACAAAGAAACGCAGAGAGACAUGGGUGCAAAAGUAGCACGUCGUGAAGGAGACCAGUAUGCCUUUCAGGCAGGCAAACAAUACUACAACUCCUCCUUGCCUGCUUCCCAGUCCCUGCCUUGCCAAGAGAACGCAUUGGUAUGGAGGUCUGAGAAAUGAGGAACAUUUCCAUUCUGCAGGAGUAAAAGGUUUUCUUUGUUCUAAUUCCUCUGAUCUACUCCUUGCAAUGCCCUCACAUGGGGCACUACAACAUUUGCCUUAUAUAACAAGGACAAAAGCAGAUUGCUCUGGGAAUAGCUGAAAAGAAACCAUGUUUUCUUCCCUUGUUGCAACGGUCUUGUUUACUAGCUGGUGCUGCACAGGAUCCAGUUCAGACAGAUUUUCUUUGCAUAGUAAUAAUAAAGGCUUUAAAAAAAUAGCAGCCAUAAUGAAUGUGAAGUUGUUUGAGUCGGGGGAUGAUGUAUCACGGAAA